GUGCCCGCCGAAGUGGCCACGAGUCGGGCUUUCCCCUGAAGUCGCAUGCGACACCACCGGUAACGCUUGAGGCCAUCGAGGCACAAAUGCACGAAAUCGAGAACGAUUUCAGGAGGAUGGGGCGGCCUGGGCGUAGUGUUUUCGGCCUGCCCUUCAAUGAGCCGUACAAAGACUACAGCCUCAUCUGGGAUGCCAUCUACCAGUCUCGCAUCUUGGAGCUGGGUGGAGACCAGGUCAGGAUCUUUCCUUAUGCCGCAGGGGUGCUGA